AUGGCCGACGACAUUCCUCUGGCGUCUCUCUCCCUCACCCACGUCUACUAUGACCCCUCCGACCACAUCUCGUACCUCUGCGCCUGGCUCGCCCUCGUCCCCCAGGCCCUCUGCGUCGUCUACGUCACCCUGAUCUGGUCCACCCGCGAGGCCGAGGUAGGCCUCAUGUUCGCCGGCCAGCUCGCCUGCGAGGCCGUCAACUUUGCCCUGAAGCGCAUCAUCAAGGAGGAGCGGCCCGAGCGCAUCCACCGCACCGGCAAGGGGUACGGCAUGCCCAGCAGCCAUGCGCAGUUUGUCGCCUUUUGGGCCGUGGCUAUGGUCUUGUUUCUCUUGAUGCGGCAUACGCCCAGCUGGACGGAUCACGGGUAUGGACCUCGCGAGCAGGAGCAAGAACAGAAUGGGGAUGGAGAUGAUGGUGAUGAUGAUGAUGGGACAGCCGCUGGGACGAGGACGAGGAGGAGGAGGAGGACGAACAAGAGUGCCUGGGGUGCAGACUGGGUCAUGGUCGAGACAUAUGCCCACCGGCCCUGGUCCUAUACAGAGCGCGCCGUCGCCAGCGUCUUUGUGCUGGCCGUCGCAGCCGCCGUGUCGUGGAGCAGGGUCUACCUGGGCUACCACACAGUCAAACAGGUUCUCGCGGGAACCCUGGCCGGGACCCUGUCGGCGGUGGCUUGGUAUGCCGUCACACAUGUCGUCAGGGAGGUGGGACUGCUGAGCUGGGCGCUGGAGUCUCCUGUCGCACGGGGUCUGCGCGUCAGGGACCUGGUGGUGAGCGAGGACCUGUCGCAGGCCGGCUGGGAGAAGUGGGAGGACAGGAAGCUUGUUGCUGGCCAGUCGUGGUCGUCGAGAAAGAAGAAGUGA